UGCAUUGCCAACGAACAUCAUCAGUAAGAGUUGCUUGGAAUUUGAAAGAGAAGAGUGAUCAGGAGAUGGCUUCAGCUCAAGUUCAGCUCCCACACGACCUCCAGGCCAUUGUGAAGGAAGAAGACUCCCAGAUUGACGCCUCCUCUGAACGGCCCAAGGAUAGAAUCGUAUUUCCUGCAAGGGAGCUCAAAAUCUAUAGGGGAAAUGAUCCAACUUGCUGGAAAUGGGUUUACAUGCCAGACACACAUGGUGCUCUGGUUGAGGUGGCUUUAUUAUUGCGCAUCGAUCGGCUUGACGUGAGCAAGGAAUUCUCCGCUAGAAGGCUCACUCCAGGGAACUAUUACGGUGUUUACUUUGUGUUAAUGAUGACGGAUGGAGAAUAUGGAUUUAAAGAUCAUCCAGUGAACUUUCAACUCGUCGCUCCUAACCAACCAACUGUUCAACACCAAAAGGAUUUGAGUGAGUUGCCAAAAAACAAAUGGGUAGAUGUUCCAGUUGGUGGGUUCUAUAGAGAUCCCAAAAUGACUGGGCAUUUGAAAAUCUCGAUGUUUGAACAUGGUCCCCAGUUGAAGGGUGGGCUGAUUGUCAAUAAGCUGGUCAUUCAACCAGUGAAUAAGCCCGAGUGAGAAUGAGAAUAAUCAACGAUGAGACGUUUGUGAAACAAAAAGUUUCUAGCUUGAUACUAAAUAAAAUCGUCUCAUGUUAAUUCUACUUGUACCUCCUCUUCUAUUGUAAUAAAUAAUAUGUGAGAGAUAAUAAAAUUACUAAGUUUAAUAAAAUCAA